CCAAGGCUGCCCGCGGGACCGAUCGAGUCACUCCGAGGAGGUUUUUGGAAAGAGUGUUCCUUAAACAUCCAGAAUGGCCUUGUGGGAUGUAAUUAAAGGUUUCCAGAAUUCCGCUGGACCAGACGUGAACCCUGAUCUUGACACUGAAAGGAAAACUGCCUCCUUCAGCGUCGAGAGACUCACCAACAUACUGGAUGGAGGGGCUGAAAACACCCAGAUCCGGAGGAAAGUCAAUGCCGUUCUCCAGAGUGACCCAGAAUUUAGCAGAGAAAACCAGUACUUCCAGAGUCAAAACGAGAGAUACGAAGGUGCUGUCAGAAGGGCUGUUUAUCUCUCCAAGAAGAUGGAUGAAAUGGGAUGGGCUAUUGAUGGACCCGAAAAUAAAUAUUGCUAUAGGGCUCUUGGCGAUGACUUGGCAUUCGUUGUGCACGGCGUCUUUAUGAAGUGCAUUCUGGGGUUGGGCACAGAUGAGCAGAUUGCCAAGUGGGUCCCCUUGGCAGAGAAACAUUAUAUAGUAGGGUCAUAUGCCCAGACUGAAUUGGGACAUGGAAGUUUUCUGCGGGGUUUGGAGACCAUGGCCAUUUUUGAUGUUACCACUCAGGAGUUCAUCCUCAACACACCAAAAAUUUCUGCCAUGAAGUGGUGGUCAGGAGAUUUGGGACGAACAGCAACACAUGCUGUGGUUUUUGCUCAGCUUUACAUUAAGGGAAAGUGUUAUGGGAUACAUCCCUUCAUAGUGCAGAUCCGCAGCCUCCAAGAUCACUCGCCAGCUCCAGGAGUAACGGUGGGGGACAUUGGUCCCAAAAUGAACUUUGCUCAGGCUGACAAUGGCUAUCUCAUGUUAGAAAAUGUUCGCAUUCCAAAGGAAAACAUGCUGUCCCGGUUCUCUCAGGUUCUAUCAGAUGGCCAGUACAUCAGACAAGGAACUGAGAAGAUUAAUUAUCUGACUAUGGUUGUGUUCCGUGUGCACAUUAUUCAGACUGAAGUGCUGCCCAAUCUGAUGAAGGCAUGCACUAUCGCUAUCCGAUAUUCUGUGGUGCGCCGACAGUCCGAGUUAAAAUCCGGGGGCCCAGAGUCAAAGAUCCUCGACUAUCAGACUCAGCAACAGAAGCUGCUACCUCAGGUGGCCACCGCCUAUGCCUUCCACUUUCUUUGUGACUACUUGCAGGAAGUCUUUGACAGAGGCUAUGCAGAGACUAAAGAAGGGAAAUUUGACUUACUUCCAGAGCUUCAUGCGCUCACUUCUGGCAUUAAAGCGUUCACCACUGACUACAGUUCAGCAGCUGUAGAGGUGUGUCGAAGGGCCUGUGGGGGACACGGGUACUCUCUCCUCAGUGGCCUUCCUUCCUUGUACACUGCAUUGGUUGCGUCUUGCACUUAUGAAGGGGAAAACACUGUUCUCCUCCUGCAGACAGCCAGGUUUUUGGUAAAAUGCCUUGGAAUAGUGAAGGCUGGACAACCCCUUCCUUCAUCAGUUGCCUAUUUAUCUUCCAUAAGCUCUGGGAAAUGCGGAGCCCAAGAGAAAAGAGAUUUCCUAAAUCCAGAUGUUUACACUGAAGCGUACAAGCAGAGAGCCUUCAGGAUGGUAGAAAAUGCAGCAAUCAAACUUCAGUCUCUGAUUCAGUCGGGAACACCACAGCAUGAAGCAUGGAACUUGUGCUCUGUACAACUGGUGCUGGCCGCUAUGGCUCACAGCCACUACAUUGUCGUGCAAAACUUUGUCAACGCGCUAGAAAAAAUUGAAACAGAAUUUAACAUCCAGAAGGUACUGAAGCAUCUCUGUGACCUCUUUGCACUACAUGGAAUCGUCUCCAGCAUGGGGGACUUCCUGCAGAUCGGUCACCUAUCUGAGAAGCAAAGCGACAGGGUGAUCGAAUCUUACUUGGAUCUCUUGGAUCUCAUUCGGCCCGAUGCUGUUCCGUUAGUGGAUGCUUUCGACUUCUCUGAUGCAAAUUUGAAUUCAGCCAUUGGAUGUUAUGAUGGUCAUGCUUAUGAGCGGCUUUUUGAGUGGGCUAAGAAGUCACCAACCAACAACCAGGACAACCAGACCUUUGAGAAGUACUUAAAGCCACUUUUCCAGAACGCCCUGUCAAAGUUAUAGAAGAUGGAAAUGGAGCCAUGGGAGGUCCUUUUGCUGCCCUUCUUGAAAUAACACUAGCACUUACCAGGACUACAACAAAGAUGACACAAUAGUUGCGUUCCUCUACUUGUCAGAAAAGCCCACCAAAAUGACUAGAUGGGCAAGAGCUGAAAGGCAGUCAAUUGGCUUGCACCAGGGGUCUCCAAACAUUUCAGCAGGAGGGCCACAUUAUAUAUUUUACAAAUAAUUUACAGGCUGAAAAAUAUCAGCUUUAUAAACGAAAUGAAUAAAUACAUUUUAAACGAAUGAAUAAGUUUUACUGGGAUCUUUUUUGUAAUCAGCACGAUACGAUUCAGAACAAAAGAGAAGCAUGACAAUUACAAAGAAACAAUGCUGUGCUUAAACUAAGAAAUGAAUGUUAGAAUAUUGACUUUCCUAUUGCGAUUGUUUCAUGGUGAUUUUUGUGUUGAUUUUUUUAAAACCAAAAAUGCAGGGGAAAAUGUCUUGAUAUAGAGAUGAAGACGGCAAGGAA